ACUCUGCAAUAGAUAUUUAAGGAGUCAUGAAACCCACCUUGAACCAGCUAUUCUUGAUUUUGUGGUUAAAUGCAUUCGGCGUGAGAAGUGAAGUCAACUUAGAUUUCAGAAACUGCUUGCAAUACUUUUACAAAAGUACCCCGCCAAGGCUUGCUGGGAAUGUCGCUGAACCGCCCAGAAGCAUCUGCCAACGGUAUAACAAUGUCUACCACUAUGCCACACUGUACAGCACCGGCUUAAGGAUUCCUGUGUAUUCAGCUUAUACCCUGCCUGGUCGUUACUCGGGUACUCCCGAACCACAGAGAAGGUCCACAUGGUUUGUCGAGCCUCAGCUCCUGGAAGCCCCUGAAACCAGCCCUAAGACAAAUAUGGAGACAGCUUCCCAGCAAACUGAACGCUACAAGACAGUACAGGCGAUAAACGUAGACUAUCGUAACACAGGUUACGACAGGGGUCACCUCAAUCCAAACUUUUACCAAAGUGGAGAAGGAAGAACAGCAACUUUUACCUUGACAAACGCCGUUCCUCAAGAUCCCUGCUUUAACCAACAGUCGUGGAAGGAAAUGGAAGAAGUCGCUUUGAGCACAAUGAUGGAUGGUUGCUCUUUUGACGGCGCCAGACGUUAUUUUGUGACGGGAAUCGUUCCGCAGGGAGUACGAAUUCCAAACAGAGAACAUGACCUGGAAGGAGACAUGACUCCCAGAGAAUUCAAUCGAGUCACCGUCCCUAGUUACCUCUGGACAGCGGCUUGCUGUGAUGCUUCAAGUACAACCAAUCCCCAGAAUGGGUUCUCAUUCGCUUACAUCGGCAAAAAUACUCCGGACUCUUUCGUGAACAUUCUGAGCGUAAGUCAAUUGGAGGCAAAACUUAUUAACCAUAACCACGUUGGAAAUGGCUACACAGCGGCCAAAAUUUUUGUUGAUGACUGCAAUGAAAAUACGGAAAAAUCAAAAAGUGCACGAACUCUAGUUGCAGUUCCUGUGAACUUACGAUUGGCAAAUGCAGCAAAUGCAAUAAGUGAGAUGGACCAGUCGACUCUUCCUCCCCUGAAACGCAAAAUCUUUCACGAGGUAUUGGAUUUAAUUCAAAGUGGUGUAUCUGCGAAUGGUUAUUCCUUCACUUCUGACAAGGAGAAUAUGUUUAACAAUCAAACGCUUCCCUAG